GUUAAUACAGAGGUUCGAGAUUCCACAGGUGUUGGCUCAUGAGCUGGGCUGUCUUGGGCAGAGCUGGGGCAUGACAGGGAAUAGGAGGUAUAAAAGAUCCGACUGGGUGGACGAUCAGAGAGUUGGAGCAGCACUGAAGUGCAGUAGACCACACACAGGCCCUGCCUACCGUAUUUCUUUCAUUCCCCUUCAGAGAAUCAGAGGAAAAACAGUCGCUGCCGCCACCAUGAGCCGCAGCCCGGAGAGGAUCUCGUCCUAUCGCCGUCACUUUGAGGACAGCAGCGUGUCCCAUCAGGUCAGGGUUUCCAGCCCAUCCCCCAACAGGAGAGAGGCCCGUCAUGCCUCCAUGGGCUACUCCUGCAGAGCCGGGGCUGGCAGCAUGCGUGUGGAGUCAGUGGGAAGAAGGACCGUCUCGGCUGCACGCAGGACUCGCAUGGCUGGGACAGGUGUGAGUGCAGGAGCCAUGGUGUGUGUCGGGCCUGGUGGAGAGCCUGCCAUAGACCUGGAUGUGGCUGCAGCUGUGAACCAGGAAUUCCUCAGCACCCGCAACAGUGAAAGACAGGAGAUGAUUGUCCUCAAUGACCGACUGGCUGUCUACAUCGAUAAAGUUCGAACGCUUGAGCAGCAGAACAAGCUCCUGGAAGCAGAGAUCGAGGCCUACCAGAACCGCUUUGAGAAGCCGUCCGGUCUGCGCCUCCUGUAUGAGGAACAGCUGAGGGAGCUGAAAAAGAUCGCUGACCAGAUGAGGGUUCAACGGGACAUUUCCUUGGCAGCUAAGGAGUCCACAGCUGCUCAACUAGAGGCGAUCAAAAUCAAAUAUGAGGAAGCACUGGAGCUGAGGAAGAAAGCUGAGUUAGACAUCGAAGCCUUCCGUCCAGAUGUUGACAAAGCCACCUCCUCACGCAUUGCCCUGGAGAAGAAGCUGGAGCAACUGGAAGUUGAAAUUGAAUUCCUGAAACGGGUCCAUCAACAGGAAAUCGAUGAGCUCAUGAAACAGAUCUAUGCAGCUCACGCCGCCGCUCAGAGUGCGUUCUCCCUGCCUGACCUCGCAGCUGCGAUGAAACAAAUCCAAACCCAGUAUGACGACAUCGCAGCCAAAAAUCUCCAGGAGAUGGAUUCAUGGUAUAAAAACAAGUUUGAGGAUCUAACCAAGAAGACGACAAGGCAUGUGGAUAAGGUUCGAAGCAUUAGAGAAGAAAUAGCAGGUGCCAAAAAGGAGAUCCAAAGCAAAGAACGCGACUUGGAUUCCCUGAGAACCAGGAACGAAGCUCUUGAGGCCCAGAUCCGAGAGAUGCAAGCAAAGUACAGGAAGGAACUGGAGGCCCUGCAGGCUCGGAUUGAGGCUCUGCAGCUCGAGCUGAAAUCCACUAAGGAGAAAAUUGCGCUGCACCUGCGCGAGUACCAGGACCUCCUGAAUAUCAAGAUGGCUCUGGAGAUUGAGAUCACAACUUACAGAAAACUGAUUGAAGGAGAGGACCUGCGGCUGGCUGGCAUGGUGCAAACCCUGUCUCUUACCGCCGGCUGCAUGGGCGCCAUUGGUGGUGGCAUGAGCUUCGGUGCAGGAGGCAUGGGCGGUGCAGGAGGAAUGAGUGGGGUUGGCACUGGUGCUGGUGGACUGGGUGCUGGAAGCAUUGGUGGUGGUGCUGGUACUGGUGCUGCGGGGUUGGGUACUGGACCUAGGGGUGUGGGUUUGGGUGCUGGAGGUGUGGGCACUGGUACUGGGGGAAAGGGUGACAGCAGCAUGGGUGGUGCUGGAAUGGGUGCAGGUAGUGGCUCUACAGGUUCAGCUGGCAACGGCAACGGCGGUGGAGGAAAUGGUGGUGUAGGCGAGGGGAGGGGUGAUGGAGCUGGUGGAGGACUAGGUGGGGAUGGAGGCAAAGACCGUGGAGUGGGUGGUGGAAUUGGAGGCAGUGGAGGAACUGAGGGUGUGGGUGGGGAUGUUGCACUGUCAGGCUCUGGUGGGAAGGGGAAGGCCGGUGGAGAAUCAGAUGGAUAUGACGACAACAUCGACGCCUACUCUGGGCAGGCUGUGGAGCUGACGGAGAGAAGGACGGUGCUCAUUAGAACGGUCAAAAACGAGGGUGACGUGCUGGAGACGGACCACCAGGAACAAACCUACACCAUCACUGGCGCGGCCGACGACUCUGACGAGGAAUGAGCAGCAUGAAUUCCCAAGUGACCUCCUCUCACCCUUAAGCCUCCACGCCCCUCUGAGCUUUGCACUGACCAAACCCCAUGUCUGGGCACUGACCUUUGCCCUUUGCCCUGGACAAGAAGACCAUGAAUGACCCUUUGCUACGAUGUUAAACCUUCACCUCAUAGGGUUUAAAUAUGCCUAAACACUCAACGUGGUCUGUAAACUUUUGUGUGCCUUACACUCCCCCUUUUUUUCUUUGCACU